AUGGAUUUUGUGGAUAGGGUAUUGGCGAUUUCUCCGGUUCAUAAAGUCUCCCUCAAGUGUAGAACCGGUGUUGAUUCAGACAGGCUAGAUUUUUGGAUAGGUAAUGUGUUGGCUCGUGGUGCUUCCGACCUCGAUCUACGCAUCGUUUUCGGAGAUAGAUAUUGGCCGUCUCCAAGAGGUUUCGAGAGCAGGAAACUAGUUAAGCUCAAUCUUGACUACUUACUCUACUCUGAUUUCGUUGCGGAAGACUAUCCAUUAGUCAAUUUUCAAAACCUAUCCGAGGCUCGAAUCUACCUUAAAAUAACUGAUGAUCAAGUCGAACGAGCAAGAUUCCCAAAUCUGGAUGAUGAUGAGUAUGAUGAUGCUGUUCGACUUGGUAGCAUGCCAAAGCUCAUGAGCGGGCUACGAAAUGUUGAGACACUUUACUUGAAUUCUACUACUCUCGAGGUGCUUUCUCUAUGCUGUGAGUCAAUGCCGGUUUUCAACAACCUCAAGUUUCUAGCUUUUUGGAGCGGCGAGAGCCAAUGGCAAGCAGUGCCAGUUCUCCUAAAGAAGUGUCCACGUCUAGAAACUCUAAGCAUUUCGGGUCUUUUGCAUCAUGUGACUGAUGCAUGCGGAGAUGUUUGUGACUGCAUUCCUCGGGAGGACAAAGGCCGUUCACUCACAUCUUGUCCGGUGAAGAGAAUAGAGAUUGAAUGUUUUAUAGGAACGAUGAGAGAGAUAACGAUGAUCAAUCAUUUCUUGGACUAUUUUCCUUGUUUGAUGGAGAUAGUAAUCGCUGUUGAAGAGUAUAGUCCUACACAGCUUCAUGUCCCUGAAAUUGCUGAUCUUAAAGCGCAGAUGUUGAAACUCUACAACAAGUCAGUGAGAUGUAAUGUCAAAAUCAUGGUGUGUGAGUCUCUGCUUAGGAAGUUGACUGCGCAAACACUCACACACCAUGAUUUUUUGGCUUUUGGCUUUUGACUGAGCUGUAAUGACGAACAAAACUUGCUCAUAGUUUUUGGCUUUCGCCAAAGUUCCUUUAGACAUUGACUCCGGUUCAGUUUUGUUAAUUGGUUUUGGUUCGGUUUGAUUUAUUUGGAUUCUCAAGAUCUCUGUAUACACUCACAUUGAUAUCAACUCAAUACAAA